CGGGGCCUGAUCCCGGUUACAGCCCGGCGCCGUCUGUGCCUGAGGUGCCCCAGCCGGCGUCGCCAUGAAGCUGCGGGUGCGGGUUCAGAAGCAAACCAGGCCGGUGGAUGUGCCCGAGGCGGAGCCGACGCUGGGGCAGCUGCGAUGGCGCCUGAGCCAGGCCCUGCUUCCCAGCUGGGGGUACAGUUCUGAUACCCGAUUUGCAAUAUCAUUGAACAACAAGGAUGCCCUCACUGGAGAUGAAGACACCUUGGCUUCAUAUGGGAUUGUUUCUGGGGACUUGAUAUGUUUGAUUCUUGAAGAUGCCAUUCCAGCACCUAACUUGCCUUCAUCCACAGAUUCAGAGCAUUCCUCAGUCCAGAAUAAUGAUCACCCCUCUCUGGCCGCCAGCUCCACUCAGGCCAGCCAAGCAGAUGAACAACUGAGUGAUUCAUCCCAGGCACAGGCAGCCCAGUCUGACAUCCGGCAUGAUGACAGCAUGCCAGGGCCUAGUCAGAAUUUGGCAGCUGAGGCCAUUCAGGAUGUUAUGGAUGUGGAAGAGGAAACAGGUGUCUGUCACUCAGAACCGAUGCUCUGCAGCGAGGCCGUGGAGGGGCAGGUGCCCCAUUCGUUGGAGAUCCUGUAUCAAUCGGCCAGCUGUGCUGACGCCAAGGAUGCCUUGAUAGUGUUGCUGCAUCUACUCAUGCUGGAGUCAGGUUACGUGCCUCAGGGGACAGAAACCAAAGGCAUGUCCAUGCCAGAGCAGUGGAAGGCUAGCGGCGUGUACCGGCUGCAGUACACACAUCCGCUGUGCGAGGGUGGCUGUGCUGUGCUCACCUGCGUGCCCAUGGGAAACCUCAUCGUUGUGAACGCCACACUGAAAACCAGCAAUGAGAUGAGAAGUGUAAAGAAACUGCAGCUCCGGCCAGAAUCUUUCGUUUGCAUAGAAGACCCAGGAGACAAUGCAGCCAAGAUAUACAGAGAUCUUCAGAAGCUGUCCCGCCUCUUCAAAGACCAGCUGGUGUAUCCUCUCCUGGCUUUUACUCGGCAAGCCCUGGAUCUGCCAGAUGUGUUUGGAUUGGUAGUCCUCCCACUGGAACUCAAACUGCGAAUCUUCCGACUCCUGGAUGCUCGCUCAGUCCUGUCUUUGUCCGCAGUUUGUCGUGAUCUUUGUAUUGCAUCAAAUGACCCACUUCUGUGGAGGUGUUUGUAUCUACGAGAUUUUCGAGAUGGUACUGUCAAAACUCGAGACACAGAUUGGAAAGAACUGUACAAGAGGAAGUACAUACAAAGAAAAGAAGCUCAGAGACGUUUUGUGACGUUCUCACCACCAGCUCCUGACCGCAUUCCAGUCUAUCCCAGCCAUUUGGAUUUUCCUCCCUCCUCCUUUUUUCCUCCAGGAAUUAUCGGGGGCAUAUAUGAUGAAAGGCCAACACUCCCCUACACAGGAGGGUCAGUCGGUUCAUUCAUUCCUGGGCCUGGGGAGACACGCGGCCAGUUCUCUCCACUCAGACCACGGUUUGAUCCCAUAAGCCCAUUUCCAGGACCCGACCCCAUUUUGCCAGGGCGAGGUGGCCGUGGUGACAGAUUUCCUUUCAGACCAGGGAGAGGUCGGCCAACUGACGGCCAUCUGCCAUUUAUGUAAUUGAUUUGUAAUCUCACAUGUGAAGAUCAAUUCCUUUUUUUUUGUUAGAACUACCAGUGUCAUCUCCUUGGGGUGCUCAUGUUGAGGGGUUGUUUUCUGCACUCCCAGAAGCCUCUCAAUAGAUGCCUUUACAGCUCCGGGCACAGAGUGCCUGCAGCUUGUUCUGUGACAAGGUUGGCUUUGGGGGUAAUUGGCUCCUGAUUUUUCUGCUCUGGAUUCUCCUGUAGAACGAAGGUUGUUUUAUUGAUGAUUUUUUGCACCAGAUUAAAAAGCAAUGUAAAUUA